UGCGUGUUGACGAGACUCCGGAAACGGUGAAAAACUACUUCCUCUAUGCGAUUCUGUAAUUGUUUCCUCGUUGUAUCCCUCUUUAAAUACAUUUAAUAUUUUCACCCAUUGCAUGUAGUUUUCGGUGAUAGAUCCGACUGUAUAAUAACCAUGGCAGUAGAAGACGAACUGUCGAAGAAAUUGGCCAGAAGACAGGCUCUUAACGAGGGCGAAGAGGUUGAGGAACUGCCUGUCUCGCACUCCAUGGCCGUAUUCAAUCCAUACACCGAAUUUAAAGAAUUUUCACGAAAACAGAUCAAAGAAUACGAGAAGAUGUUCGCCAAGUAUGACGUUGGCGGAGACAAAUUUAUUGAUCUCAUGGAACUGAAACUGAUGAUGGAGAAACUUGGUGCUCCACAAACACAUGUAGGACUCAAGGAAAUGAUACAAACUGUAGAUGAAGAUCAUGACGGGAAAAUUAGUUUUAGAGAGUUCCUACUGAUAUUCAGGAAAGCUGCUGAAGGUGACUUGAUUGCAGACAGCGGACUUAGUCAGCUUGCCACUUUAUCAGAAAUUGAUGUUGACAAAGAAGGAGUCAAAGGAGCAGCGGAUUUCUUUUCAGCUAAGUGGACAUCUCAACUCCCCAUGGAAUAUGCAACUCUGCCUGUCACAUUCCAUACCAGGGUCUCAUUUAUUCCUGGGUGGAUAGAAGCAUUAGGAGUAAAGUAUCCUUCUCCAAGGAUACUACAACAUCAAGGAUUAGCCAGGACUCCAGGACAACCCUGUGAUUCCCAGUCCAGUCCAGUGAUAACCAUUGUACCAUGGCAUAGCCAAGAUUCAAACUCACAACCAUGUAGUUCCCGGGCCUUUAUGCAAAAGCCAGGUUGCAAGACUGGGCCUUUAUGCAAAAGCCAGGUUGCAAGACUGGGCCUUUAUGUGUCAGCCAUGUCACAAGACAUCACAUUUAUGCAAAAGCCAGGUCGCAAGACUGGACCAGGUUAA